AUGGACAGACGUAUGGGCUUAGAGAGCCUCUAUGGCGUAGGGGGAGGUACGAUUUCGAGAGAAGCACAAAAGAAUCUCGACAAGGCCGAGGAUUUGUGUCGAAAGAAGAAGCCGGAGAAGGCCAUUCCCUUCUUGAUGAAGGCUUUGGAGGAUCCCAACAACCUCGAUGCCGCCGUGCAAUUGGCGUUUGUUAUGCCCAACAUGGAUAUGUCUCUGAACGUGCUCGAAGACACGGAGAAGAAAGGUAACAUAUCUACUGUGGGAUGCCGUGCACAUCUGCUACGCACCCUCGGUCCUGACGCUUUCGAUGACAAUGGAGACUCAGUCGGCUAUUUCUGGGGUCUCAUCGAGACACGGCCCUACAUGCGCGUGCUCCAGGCCAUCAUCCGCGUAAGCUUCGAGAAAGGGGAUUUCGCAAAGUCGGCCAAUACCAUCGCUGAGACCCUGCGUCUGUGCCCAGGAGAUAACAUGGGCCAGCGCGACUGGAUGGGAUCUGUCCUUAUUAAAGCUGGACGGAUUCAGGAUGCGCUUUCGUUUUGUCAAGCCUGGACAGAGCCUGAGACGAUGCGGACCGGCACCCCGCCUCCUCUCGGCGGUUGUAAGUUCGAUCCUCCGUCGCAGACCCCGUUGUCCCAAGAACGGCUGGGAGGUUUCAAAUACUGCGAGUCAUCGUUGAUCUAUCCGGCUGCGCUCGCCGCAUUCAAGCUCUGGGGUGACUGCGAACUUGCGCGACAGUAUUUGAAACUUGCAGCCGAGCUGAACCCGCACGUCUUGCGAAAGAUCCUGGCCAGAGCCGAACAGCCCGCCGGUUUGAAUCACUUGCCACGCACGCCGAAUGGACCUGAGCAGGGGCACGACUAUCUCUGGCUCACGCAAGAUCUGUGGAUGGUCCCAGACGUCUGGGCUUGGGCAGAUGGUGAUGUGGCAAAAGAAGCCGUACUCAAGACAUGCUCGAGGCCGGGGUGUGGGCGGCGUGAGACCACUGUGGCCCAAUUCAAAUGCUGCGGCGCCUGCAAAGAUGCAGUGUACUGCGGUCAAGAAUGUCAGAAGAAGGAUUGGAAAGCUCACAAACCGAAAUGUCAAGAGCGCCGCAAAUUGAAAGACACUAUUCGUGCCAUGCAACGCCCAAGGUCCACGGGCUGA